AUGGAGCUGUCACGGCAGGAGUACCCUGCAUUGCUGGCCACUUUACAGCCCGGACAAGCCACAACCGUCCUCAAUGAGCGCAUCCGAGUCAUCAACAAGAUCCAUGCGGAUAUUGCCGACUUCCUCCAGGAACGACGUCGCUUGGAAGAGGUCUAUGCCCAGAGCUUGCGGAAGCUGGCGCAUCGCCCGCAAUUAGACAAUGGCGCGGCACUUGGUAUCUUCCAAAUUCCCUGGCAGCGCAUCAUUAACGCCACGGAAGCAUUGGCCGUUUCGCACGAGACUCUUGCGACCAAGAUUGAGGAGGAUGUUGAACGACCCCUGAGAGAAUACAGCAACAAGAACCGCGACAUGCAGUCAAUGCCAGGCAUUCAGAGCAACCUAGCCAGUCUAGCCAAAAAUGUCGAGGCUGCGCAGAAGAAAGUGGAAAAAGCCAAGGGAAAGGGCACCAAGGGCGCAAGCAACCUAGCCAGCGCAAUUGCCUCUGCCGACGAAAUGAACCAGCAAUGGGAGUCGCGUGCCCCCUUCGUCUUUGAACAGCUCCAGGCAGCUGACGAAGGUCGCCUUAACCACCUCCGGGACGUUCUGACUCAAUUGGAGACGCACGAAGUGGAUCAGGUUGAGCGCGGCCGGCAAGCCGCUGAAAGCUGUUUGAAUGUUCUUCUCAAUGUGGAGACCGCGGAUGAAAUCAAGACUUUUGCUGCUAAAAUGGCAGGUAACCGAAUCCCACUAUCGCCAGUGACAUCGCGGCGACAAGCUUCCCAGUCCGACAUUGCACCACCUCCAGCGGCUACACCUCCCCAAGCGGAUGCGCCGCUUGCUCCUCCCCCGCCUAUUCAAGAUGAUGCAGCUAGCCAGAGAUCCCAGCGAUCAGAAACUCCUGCUCCACUGCCAGCGCCGAGCGUUGUCCAAACACCACCUGCACCGGAGCCCGUGCCACGGCACACUCCGCUAGGAGGACUGAGGCGACUAGGUACUGUCAUGAAUCGCCGUAAGAGUGUUGUUGGACCGACCGCUGGUAGCUUUGACCGAAAGCCAGAGAAGAAACACCGCAGUCCGUUCUCAUCUUUUAUGAGAUCAGAGUCUUCACGAGAGAUGCAGAUCCCCGAGUCGCCUCCCUCGACUGCAGACCGCCCGGGAACAUCUUUGACUGAAGGAUCAUCCACACGGAACCCAAGUGUGUCACAAGAUCACAAUGUCGCUGAGACAAUAGCCCCGCUACCAAUUCCUCAGCCGGAGAAUGCCACUGCGAAUGGGACUUCGACAGAGGCUCGAUCGGGAUUUACUAGCAAUGGCGUUGGUCAGCCGCAUGUCGAUUCAGAAGGUUUCACCGAGCGUCCGUCUACUGUGGAUGAAAUUACGCGCGCCCAAAGAGAGGCGUCUGGGUUGGAGGAGUCAGCAAUGAACUUGACGAUUCGAGACCAGCCUAUCUUUGAGGAUGAGAGUCAGGCAAAACAGGCCAUGGAUGACAUGGCAAACACUCUUCGAAUGCGUGCUCAACAGACAGGUAUUAGGCGGAAUGCAGGCACUAUUCGCGGUCGUCGUGAUGUUCGAAACACCGUCUUCGUGCCAAAUCCGAGCACUGAUCCAACGGUCACUCAAGCGGCAUCUGAUUUGUAUGCCCCGUCUUCACCUGUGAGACAUGUCGCCUCUCCUAGUAAUGCCACAGAGGACCAUGCAAUGUCAGACACAACCUCUGUUCGCUCAGGACACACGAUGCAUGGCCAUGGGCCAAGUACUCACCCUGAGCUCCACGAGCCGGGGCUGAAUGCCUCUAUCAUCGAGACAGUCAAUGCCUGGUUCGCAGAGGGCAGCGUCACUAAGUCUUUCGUGGUGGGAGAGCUGGCUCUGGCACAUAAUGCCACCGCAGGCGUUGUCGUUGAUUCGGAGCGCAUUCGUCUCGACAACUUCCCUGUCCUAGAAAAAGUCGCUGCCAACCCACACUUUGUCCAAGAAGCCAACAAAGAAGGCGCGGACGAAAAGCGUGGCGAGUACAAUGUCCAAUUGAAUAACAUCUCGCGAGCUCUGCCGACAGUUGCUUUCAAAUACCAAAUUCACCUAGACCAGACAAAUCCUUCUGCUUACUGCCCAGUUCUUUUCAAGCCCGUCUGGAAUUUGCAAGAAAGUCAAGCCAGCGCCAUCAUUUUCUACUCUCUGAACCCCGUCUUUGUCUCCCAGCCUGCCACCUCCAUCACCCUCAAAAAUGUUGUCCUCACUGUCGGUCUUGACACGGCUGCCGAGGAUGAGGCCACAAAGCAGCCGCGCGACUCAGUCGCGCACGCUGUCAAUGCCGUCAUGUACCCCAACACCGGUGCCACUUUCCGCCGCAAGACGUCCACUGUCACCUGGAAGAUUCCCGAGUUGGAAAUCAAGGCCGCCGGGGCUGGUGGAGAGGAAGGUAGGUUUCUUGUGCGUUUCGCAACGUCCACUCCUGGGCCGCGCAAGGGCAAUGUCGAAGCGAAGUUUGAGCUUCACACCACCGAAACAGGCGCGCGACUGGGCAUCAGCCGCGCCGUGCCAGACGCUCAGCAGAAGGAAAUUGACCCCUUCGCUGAUGAUGGCUCCCCUCGUAACGCGCGGACUGCUUCUGUCUCAUGGCUAGAGGUUCCAGUCGCGCGCAAAUUGGUCGGUGGUAAGUAUAUCUCUGCUUAA